UCUCCCAAAUCAGCAUUUAUUAGUGCUGCAAAAAAGGCAAGAUUGAAGUCCAAUCCCGUCAAAGUGCGCUUUUCUGAAGAGGUCAUCAUCAAUGGCCAAGUGUCUGAAACUGUUAAAGACAAUUCACUUCUUUUUAUGCCAAAUGUUUUGAAAGUCUAUUUGGAAAAUGGACAGACCAAAUCCUUUCGCUUUGACUGCAGCACCUCCAUCAAGGAUGUCAUCUUAACCCUGCAAGAGAAGCUGUCCAUCAAAGGAAUUGAGCACUUCUCUCUCAUGCUGGAGCAGAGAACUGAAGGGGCCGGUACCAAGCUGCUCUUACUUCAUGAACAGGAGACACUCACUCAGGUGACACAGAGGCCCAGCUCCCAUAAGAUGAGGUGUCUUUUCCGUAUCAGUUUUGUCCCCAAGGAUCCCAUUGACCUCUUAAGGAGAGAUCCAGUUGCUUUUGAGUAUCUCUAUGUUCAGAGUUGUAAUGAUGUCGUUCAGGAGCGAUUUGGACCGGAGCUGAAAUAUGACAUUGCCUUGCGGCUGGCCGCGUUACAAAUGUACAUCGCCACUGUCACCACCAAACAGACGCAGAAAAUCUCCCUAAAAUACAUUGAGAAAGAAUGGGGACUAGAGACUUUUCUUCCAUCUGCUGUGCUGCAGAGCAUGAAAGAGAAGAACAUCAAGAAAGCACUCUCCCACCUUGUCAAAGCAAAUCAAAACUUGGUACCACCUGGUAAAAAGCUGUCUGCACUGCAAGCCAAGGUCCACUAUCUCAAGUUCCUCAGUGACCUGCGACUGUAUGGGGGCCGUGUGUUCAAGGCAACAUUAGUGCAGGCAGAGAAGCGCUCAGAAGUCACUCUUCUGGUUGGUCCCCGAUAUGGCAUAAGCCAUGUCAUAAACACCAAAACCAAUCUGGUGGCUCUUUUAGCUGACUUCAGCCAUGUCAACAGGAUUGAGAUGUUUACAGAAGAGGAGAGCUUGGUGAGGGUGGAGUUGCACGUGCUAGAUGUAAAGCCCAUCACACUCCUUAUGGAGUCAUCCGAUGCCAUGAACCUGGCCUGUCUGACGGCUGGAUACUACCGGCUGCUUGUGGACUCCAGGAGGUCAAUAUUUAACAUGGCCAACAAGAAAAAUGCAGGCACGCAGGACACAG